CCUGUCGCAUAUCAAUGAGUAUGGACAUAAGCACUAAAAUUGGAGCAAACAUGGUGGUUUGUGCUCCACAAUUGAGAUUCUUCCUACAGUUAUUAGCCGCCGCGGGGUGCUACCUAAACUUCAUUUACGGUGGCAUUUUCGGCCUCCUCCUCUGCCUGUACCUCCUCCAAACUUCUUUCUGGUACCUCACGCCACUUUACAUAGUCUGGAUUUAUCUCGACCGGACCACUUGCGAAACUGGAGGCCGGCCCAUCAAAUGGGUUCGUAACUGGGCUUGGUGGUAUUAUGUGACACAGUACUAUCAGUCACAACUCACUUGUGAUCCCAACUUCACUCUUGACUUGAAAAAAAAUUAUUUCUUCUGCUGUUUCCCUCAUGGAAUUGUCCCCACUGGAACUGUCACCGCUUUCCUAAGAGGUGAUAGCAAUUUCUCGAGACUACUCCCAAACUUCGUGGUAAAAGUGGCAACUUUGCACUUUAAUUUUUAUUUACCAUUCGUGAGGGAAUUGUAUUUAUCAAUGGGAUGUGUUUCAUGUUCUGUGAGGUCGAUCGACUGGGUUUUGAGUCGGCCUCAAGGAGGACAAGUUGUGCUUUUGUGGCCAGGUGGAGCUGAGGAGGCUCUUGAAAGUAAGCCAGGGCGAUAUAAGUUGGUCGUUAUGAAGAGGAAGGGAUUUGUUAAGAUUGCAAUGAAAAAUGGGAGUCCUCUAGUGCCCGUUAUUACUUUUGGAGAAACGGAUUUGUUUGAGCAAAUAGAUAUAAUGUGUUUGAGAAAAAUCCAAGAUUUUAUUAAGACGUGGACGGGUAUAGCGCUGGUGUUGACGAGGGGGUUCAUUCCAAGACGGAAACGCUUAGUUACUGUUUUGGGAAAACCAAUCGAUAUUAAAAAAGUUGAACAACCAACGGAAGAACAAAUUAAUAAGCUACAUGGACGUUUCGUGAAAGAAUUAGAAAAUUUAUUUGAAAACUAUAAAUAUAAUUUUUUAGAAGACGCAAACAAUACGUUUCUAGAGUUGUAAUAAAUU